AUGCAGUUCAUGCCCAAGAAAAGAGGGACCCCGAAGAAGAAUGAGAUCAUAUUCACCGCUCCAACAGGGGAGGAGGUCACUAACAGAAGACAGUUGGAACAGUACCUGAAAUCACACCCUGGUGGUCCUGCAAUAUCGGAGUUUGAUUGGGGAACAGGUGAUACGCCUAGGAGAUCAGCAAGGAUAAGUGAGAAGGCAAAGACGACUCCACCACCAGAAACUUCAAAGAAGGAUGACAAAGAGAAAGAAGUUGUACCUAAAGAAAUUGAGGUGAAAGAAAUCCACAUGCAGGAAGCUGAGAAAACUGAGGAGAAUGCAGCUGCAGAUAUUGAGAAGGAUGAUGUGAAGGAAAAUCAAAAUGAGAAAAAAGAUGAAACCCAAGAUACUGAGAAGGAUGUUGUGAUGGAGAAUCAAGAUGAAAAGAAAGAUGAAACCCAGGAUACUGAGGAGGAGGUUGUGAAGCAGAGUCAACAUGAAAGGAAAGAUGAAGCUCAAGACACAAAAUGA